UGUAUAGAAUCCAUCGAAAGCCUGCUCAUCAACCAGGCGUAAAAUCCCAAGUCCUUACUCUGUCGAUCGAUCUCAAUAAUCUCCAUUUAUUAUAUAUACACACAGAAAAACUCAUUAAUUUUAGAUUUGUUUCUGAAAAUUCACUUGCUAACAACUAGCAAUUUCAGAAACCCUACAAGAAUGGAUUUCUUGGUGAAGAAAGAACAGCCGAUUGGUUUAGAAGAUGAGAAUGAUAAUGAUCCAUUGGUGAUGGCUUCUUGUUUGGAUUUCAAAGUAGCGGCCUUGAAGAAGAAGAAGAAGCAGAAGAAAAUGUGUUUUGAUCAUCAUGAGUUAACAGACGACAGGUCGUCUCAAAUACUCUCCAUGUUUAGGAAAUAUCUUUACUCCAAAACUCAAAACGAUGUCGUUGGAAAAACCAAUAUGGAAGAAUCAGAAGCCAUCAAGCUGAAGCAUGCAGCUAGAUUUACGCCACGCCAAGCUUCUCUCCUUGAACAGAAGUUGCUUCGUGGAAUUAGGAAGGAAGAAAAGCAAUCAGAAUUUGAUGGCAAGUCUUCAGCGGCACAACUCACAAUAUUCUACGCAGGAACUAUCAAUGUGUAUAACAAUGUUCCUGCUCACAAGGCACAAGCCAUUAUGCUGCUUGCUGGUGAAAGCUCUACGUCAAAACCUGCUUCUGUAGAACUGCCAGCAAAAAUGGAAACUAAUGGAAUCUCUUCAUCGGUCAAUCUAACAUCAGUCUGCAAGUUACAAGCAGACCUUCCAAUUGCAAGGAAGCUCUCACUCCAACAUUUUCUUGAAAAACGUCGCUGCAGGAUAAUAAGCAAAUCUCCAUAUUCCAGUCCAGCUACUCCUAGGGCAGAAGAAAAUAGUGAGGAAACUAAGCCAAGAGCAGACGGUGAUGAUUCAAAUGCAGUUCAUGGCAGCAUCUCUCUUUCACCAUUCCCUUCACGUUUAGGCUACUUCUUCCCUGUAUCCGCUAACAAAGAUCUUUGAUUAUUUCCUAAUAUUAUGUUUUGUAUGUAUAAAAUUAACCACUACAAUUUAAUUUAAUUAUAUUAAAAUGGUGAAUUUUAAA